AUGGAUACGAAAGCAGAAGUCGCUUGCACCUACGCCUCCCUUAUUCUCGCUGAUGACGGUCUUGACGUUACAGCUGACAGGCUCAACACCAUCUUGAAGGCAGCUAAUUGCAACUUUGUUGAGGGUUAUCUCUGUAGCUUGUUUGCCAGUGCGCUAAAUGGAGUCAACGUGAAGGAUAUAAUUGCAGCUUCGUCAUCAUGUGCUGUUGCUGCUGCCCCAGCUACUGCUCCCGCACCUGCCCCAGCAGCCGGUGGAGCUCCAGCCGGAGGUGCCGCUCCUGUACCUGAAAAGAAGGAGGAAAAGAAAGAGGAAUCCGAGUCUGAAGACGAGGACAUGGGCUUCGAUCUCUUUGGCUAA